UUGAGUCUUUUGACAGCAGUAAUUUGAUGUCCACUCCGCAUUCAGACGUCAAUGUCCAUCAAUCUCCACCCCAAGUUGAAAUGGGACAAUCUAUAACCCCUAUUGCAAAAAAAUCAACUACUAAGAGAGGUCAACGGGGAAUCAACUUCACCAUAGAUGAAGACAUUAAGCUAGUGUCGGCGUGGCUCAAUGUUAGCUUAGAUGCCGUGACAUCGACGGACCAAAAACACACAACAUUUUGGGAGAGAAUUUGGUCUACCUUCCACAAUGACAAGAAAUUUAACCGCACUAAGGAUUCUUUAAAUAGUCGGUGGUCAACAAUUCAAAGGGAGACCAACAAGUUCUGUGGAUGCUUGGCCCAAAUUGAGAACCGGAAUGAAAGCGGUAAAACUGAGCAUGACAAGAUUGAAGAUGCAAAAACUAUGUAUCAAAUUAAUUGCAAAAAUGCAUUUCAAUUGGAGCAUUGUUGGAGAAUUUGAGGAAUGAAGCUAAGUGGUUGAUUCUAAGAGAUAGUUUGAAGGCCCGCACAAGACAACCAGCCACACAACCAGCCACACAAUCCUUUGCAAGCUCAAUAAAUGUAGAUGAAGAUAAUGAAGAGAUGAACUCCGGCGAAACCUUGGAGAGACCUAUAGGCAAGAAGGCCGAAAAGGAGAAAUUAAAGAAAAGAAAGAAUUGUGAUGACGUGAUCCCAACACUUUCCUCCCAAUUGGACGAAAUCAAGGAAGAAAAGAGAAGAAUGCAUGAGGAGAAAAAGGAAAGUAUGCGCAUUGCAUUAGAAGAACGAAGAGAGGCAAUGCGCAUUGCAUCCAAAGAACGAAGAGAGUUGAUUCGUAUCAAGGAAGAGAAGAAUGAAGUAGAAAAGAGGAAAAUGGAAGAUGAACUUAUGAUGAA